AUGGCAAACUCCCUAAACAACAAAAGCCACACUAAAAUCACCCUACUAUAUAUUUUUUUUCUAUUUUCUCCUAUAUUUGCUUACUUAUACAACCCUGUUUACAACUAUGCAAUCAAUUGUGGUAACUCAGCAAACACUACUGUCUUAGACAAUCGAGUGUGGCUUGGUGAUAAUAUUCAUAACUCCAAUAUCUUUUCCUUCAAUGAACCAAAAUCCUCAAAUCCAUCCCUCACAUCACAACCUAUUUCCCUUUCAAAUAUCCAAACUCCAUACUUAACCGCACGAGUCUCUUUCUCAAGUUUCACAUACUCAUUUUCUAGCAUCAAUAGUUCCCCUCUUUUUAUUCGCUUUCAUUUUUACCCAACAUCUUAUCAAAACUUUCAACCUUUUAAUGCAUUUUUUUCUGUCAAAGUAAACAACAACCUUACCCUUCUUAAAAACUUCAACCCUUCACUUUGGCUUCGCAAUGAUGAUGAUGAGGAAAAAAUCACCAAAGAAUAUUGCAUCCAAAUCAAACCCAAUGAGAAGCUAGACAUAACUUUCAUUCCAAACAACAUAAACCAAUCAAAUGUUUAUUAUGCUUUCGUUAAUGCAAUCGAAGUUGUGUCUAUGCCUUCUUUUCUCUAUUAUACUGAUCUCAGUGAUACAAACUAUCAUUUCAACUUACUUGGCUUUGACGACAGUUCUAGCGAAUACAAAAUUCGUAAUGACAAAGCCUUGGAGACAGUUUAUAGAGUCAAUGUUGGUGAUAAUCAAGUUCCACCAAAUGUUGAUACGGGCAUGUUUCGUAAUUGGGACAAGGAUUUUCCUCUUUACUUGGAGAAACAACUUCCACAAAGUGUACCAGUUGAUUGGGUGGAUCAUCUCAACUUUAAAAACAAUACAAUUCCAAAUUACACUGCACCAGAAGCUGUUUACUUAACUGCAAGAAGUUAUGGAAUGGAUGUGAAAGAGGAUUAUAAUGUAACAUGGAAUUUUGAAGUUGAUUCUGCUUUUACUUAUAUGGACUGA